UCAAUCCGUCACAACCUUUCUCUGCACAGCAAGUUCAUCAGAGUGCAAAAUGAGGGAACAGGGAAGAGUUCUUGGUGGAUGCUCAAUCCCGAGGGCGGAAAGAGUGGCAAAUCUCCCAGGAGACGAGCAGCAUCCAUGGAUAACAACAGCAAAUUUGCAAAAAGCAGAGGCAGAGCUGCCAAGAAAAAGGCAUCCCUUCAAUCUGGUCAAGAGGGAAAUGGUGACAGCCCUGGAUCACAGUUCUCAAAGUGGCCAGCGAGCCCCAGCUCUCACAGUAACGAUGACUUUGAUAACUGGAGUACAUUUCGUCCCAGAACUAGCUCUAACGCUAGUACAAUUAGUGGAAGACUUUCCCCGAUUUUGCCAGAGCAAGAUGAUCUCGGAGAUGGGGACGUGCACUCCAUGGUAUACCCGUCAUCAGCCACCAAAAUGACUUCUACUCUACCCAGCCUUUCAGAGAUGAGUAAUUCUGAGAACAUGGAAAAUCUUUUGGAUAACCUUAAUCUCUUGUCACCUAAUACAUCAAUGACUGUGUCAACCCAGUCUUCAUCUGCCAGCCUGAUGCAGCAAACACCAGGUUACUCGUUUGCAUCCUCGACCACAAGUAUAGGUUCACCAAAUCCAGACUACAGAAAAUAUACUUAUGCUCAAGCUAGCAUGAACUCUUUGCCCCAAAUUCCUAUGCAGACUCUUCAAGACAGUAAAUCAAGCUACGGAGCGAUGAGCCAAUACAACUGUCCUGCGGGACUUCUGAAGGAAUUACUGACUUCUGAUUCUCCUCCGCACAAUGAUAUCUUGGCAUCAGUGGACACUGGUGUUUCCCAGCCUGGUGGCAGGGCACUGGGCCAAAGUGUGCUGAUGGUCACUAACUCGGUGAUGCCAACCUACGGCAGCCAGCCACCUCACAACAAAAUGAUGAACCCUAACGCUCGCCCUCACCAAGGACAUAACCAGCCAACGCCUGCGGUUAAUGGUCGUGCCUUGUCACACACAGUGAACACCAUGUCACAUACUUCAGGUCUAAAUCGCUUGUCAACAGUGAAGACUUCGUUACAAGUGCCUAUGAGUCACCCGAUGCAGAUGAAUGCUAUGAACCCGUACGGCCCCGUUAACAGUUGCAACGGCUACGGAAGGGUGGGCAUCGUUUCUCUCCACCAGGAGAAGCUUCCCAGUGACUUAGACGACAUGUUAAUUGAGCGGUUGGACUGUGACAUGGAGUCAAUUAUUCGUAAUGACCUUAUGGAUGGAGAAACGUUAGAUUUUAACUUUGACAGUGUAUUGCCUAACCAAAGUUUUCAGCACAGCGUAAAGACAACCACACACAGUUGGGUGUCAGGCUAGGAUGUAGUAGGAGGCUACAGUUAAAUUCUCCAGACUUGUCUGACAGCAGGAACUGAGAAAGCAGUACAAAGAUGUCCUUCACCUUCCUUUUUAAUUUUCUUGAUGAAGCUGUGCACAUGCACUAGCUUUUUUGGGGGUCUUUUUUUUUCUUCUUUUUUUCUACCUUUCAUCAGAGUUGGCAGCAGAGAGAGUAUUUUCCUGUACAGGAUGUUUGCCCAAGGUUUGCAGGUUAUGUGCUGCUGUAGAUAAGAACUGUGCCAUUGGAAAUUUCAUUACUCUGAAGUGCCAAAUUCACUACACCAUAUAAUCACAGCAAAGACUCUUACAUCAUGUUGUGCUUUCAGUUUUGUACAGUAUGAUCUGUAGAGGAAUUGUUUUUUAAGACUAUCGGUUUUGGUCCAAGAAAAGUUUAUAAACUUUUGUAAGAAUACUGUGAUGAUCUCAUGCCCUAAGCAAGUUUGACCUUCAUUGAUGUUACCUGUGUUCUGAUGAAUUGAGAUAACUGUGGACUUGCUUUGCAGCAGUAUGAACUGCUUUAUUUUUACUCAAAAUUGCCACACAUUUCAUAUGGGAACAGAAAAACCUGUUAAAUAUGAUCCUACUAAACUCACUCACUAUUCAAAACAAACAGCAGGUUAAAUGCCAUUCGAUAAGUUACCUGUAUUCAUGUAGAUUUAUGCAAGAAUAUACCUGGGUUUCAUUGUCAGACUAAUGACUUUAUUGUUGGAUUUAAGAUAAUUUUUGGAAUAGUUUCCAAGCUAUUUUUCUUAUAAUUAAAGUCUACUUUUGUUACAUAGGCAACUGAAAAAUUACAGAAUCUGAGAUCUGGCAGCAUUCAUAACCUCCUCAUUUUUGUACAGUAUUUUAACUGGAUUAAGUACAUGUUUUUAUAAAUUUCCCUAGCACUUGGGAGUGCUAAUAAAGGAAAAGCUUAAUAAGUAUCUUGAAUACAAAACAUUUCUGCCCUUUUUUUUUGGUUGUUGUUGUGUGAUGUAUAAAUAUAGACAACUUUAUGUUUAGGAAAUAUUUAAUCAGUUUUAUAUAUGCAUUUUUAGAAAUGUCAUCUGCUUCUAUUAUCAUUUUAACUCUGACUACCACAAAGUGUUAAGUAUUCACUGUUAGAUGCUUGUACAAUGCUUCACAUUUAUAUUUAUUUCAUGGAGGUCUCAUAAUGUUUGUGCACUCAAGAGCAGGACCAUUGGGAGAAAAUUCUUAAUUUCAAGUAAAGUUAAUGACAUAAAUGUAAUUUUUCUCAAUUCAUGCUAGAUUUAGGGUCUGUCAAUGUUUCUGUUGUCAUGCAGUAUGUUUGAGGAGGUGAAAUGGGAGCCCCUUAAUGGGAGGCUGAAAUUUAUGGGACCUCCCCUUUCAGGGCAAGAAUAUCACUUUUUUGAAGUAAGAGAGAAAAAGUAAGUGGCAAAGUUAUACAAAUAUAAGGGCUUAAGGAGAGGGCACAGCAUUUAUGACAGAGGCCUUGUUUCUGCAAAAAACCUUUGCUCAUUUGAGUAGGCAAACACAACUACCUGAGCAUUUUCAGGAUUUGGGUCUUGGAUAAAUGAUUUCAGUAUUUUUGUCAUUGCAUGAUGUGGUUUCCAUGGGUGUGUGGAGCACUGGCCUCAUUUGCCUUUAUGUUGGUUCCUGCUCAUUUUUUUGUGUUACAGAAAUCUUCGAAGCUUUUCUUUUUCGCACUGACAGUAUGAAGAGUUUUCGUGCUAGGACUGGCUGUUGUGAAGAGAAAUAAGUAUUUUCACUGAUUUUUGUUCUAAAUGGCCUGCAACUGGAGAAUGCUCUAAUUGAAACUUUGAAACUGCUUUUUUUUUUUUUUUUUAAUUUUAUUUUAUUUUUCCCUCCAGUGAUGCAGUAUGGUGGAGAAAGACAUGUAAUGUGCCAAGAAAGCAAAAGUUUAGUAAUAAGCCAUGAAUUUAAUGAUCCUGGUAUGACUUUCCUAAAACUCUGCAAUAUAUUUAUCAAUGUGCUAGCAUUUAGCAGCUCCCUUUUGGGCUUAAAUCACUUCUAAUUACAGCUAGUCCCGCUUUUUUUCAGCUGUCUUUUUAGGGUUGUCAGCAGUUGCAGAAGUUGAUGUUGAGCUGUCCAGUGAUACAGGAUCUCUCCCACUGUGCAAUCUCUCCUUGAGCUUCUCUUGGGCAAGAUGAAAUGUUCUUAGUGCUGUAGCCUUUAGGAAGCAACCUGCUUUUACUCGCAGAUACCUCUAGUAGCAUCUUCACCACCACAUGAAUCAUCUCUGAGACUUGACUGCAGAUGCUGGCAAUGGAACAAGGGGGAGCUCACAAAUGGGUUUCGGAAGAUCCUUCUUUUGCCGCAUGUGCAAAAAUUUGCUUGCAAAUGGGCGCUGAUACGCAUAUGCCAUAGUAGUCAAAAAUUCACCUCUGCUCACAAAGGAAGCAGUAUUGAACAUUGAACUCCAUGGUUUUGCAGCUGAACCUGCUACAUUUAACAAUAUACCUCCUGUUUAUUAUUUACUGCUACUGUAUAACUUCCUGUAUUCCGAUAUUUUCUUCAUUUCCGUUUAUAACUAUGAAUAACAUAAAUGUAGCAGUUCCUUAAUUACUGCAGACUGUAGGAAGCCCCUUCUAAAUAUUAUGGAGAAAAAAAAAAGAGUUGUAGAUGAUCAGAUGUUUUGGGUUAUGUGGUUAAGUUUAUUUUCUUCUCUGUGGUGCCAUUCUGUUAUUUUGUAAUUGUAAUUCUGGAAUACUGUGAAGUCUGCUGAAGGGCAUAGUGUCUGCCUUGGAAAACAAACAUUAUGGGACCUCUAGUAAUAAAUCCUUUUUCAGUAAAAGUAUCAAGUUUCUGGAGUAACUUAGUUUGUCAGAAUUGUUGUAAAUGAUUGGUUUGUGAAUUGUGCAGAUGAUCUUACCUAUGCAGCCUUGUUUUUGACUUUUCUCUGGUUUGUACUGUUAUUAAAAGUUUAUUGUAUUAUAGAGCUGUUCAGAUAUUUUAAAUAUAAAGAUGUUUUGUUUCCAUAAUAUAGCUAUAUGAUAUAUGUUUAGGUAGUAGAUGCAUUAAUUGGAAAGCUCUGCUUUGAUAAACUGACAAUUUGCCUACACUUAUAAGCAAAAGUCAUAUUGCUUAUUAUUGGCUUAAGUCAACAGAGCAUCCCUAAGAAGAGGAGAAGUUAAAAUUGGACCAGUUAUAAAA